UUUCUCGAGCAAAGUAGGCGAAUGGGCAGGGACACGAGGACUUCGGUUUUGUAAAACAGCUUUCCAAAACUGAGCCGGUGUCUGUGAGCCUCGCAUCCCGCCCCACUCCGGCUUCUACAGCUCAGCAUCCAUGUUUCCCCAUCCGCGUGUGUGUGAGAGAGAGACAGAGAGCGCGGCUGAAGGGAGUGGCAGACGCUGACAAAUCUCAUGCCGGGGGGAAGCCGACAGAGCCAUCCCUGUACAGAACAUCUGAAGUUCGUCUUUAUAUUCCACAGGAUUUGUACUUUAUAAGUCCUGCAGGUAAAAUGGAGAGAGAUAUUCGUCAUCCUCACAUUUAGUGCCUCAACAAAAACCCUUAAUAGCUGCGAAACGUGACGUUUCACCAGUGGACAUAAUGAACGUGCUGAAGUCCAGUGGCUUGAAGAUCCCGGGCAGGGGUCCUAAACAUGCCAGUCCAGUGGGACGGACUACCGCUGCCCCAUCGACCAGCCCUGCAUCUCAGAAAGACAGUUGCCCCCACAAGCAGACCACUCCCACCCCCAGCAGCAACGCUUCAGACAAAUCCAGCUCUAAAGCAUCAGAGGUGGGUGAUGAGGUGGCCGGGGACUUCGUGCUUGGCGAACGCGUCUGGGUGAACGGAGUCAAACCGGGAGUCAUCGCCUAUCUCGGGGAGACCCAGUUUUCCCCAGGACAAUGGGCAGGAGUGGUGCUGAAUGACCUGGUCGGGAAGAACGAUGGCUCUGUGAACGGGGUGCGUUAUUUCGAGUGCCAGGCCUUGCAGGGCAUCUUUACCAGGCCCUCCAAGCUGACCCGGCAACCCAUCGGAGACGGAGGUGACGAGCAACAGCAGAACGCGCAGAUGCAGGGUGGCCCCGUAGCGUCCGGUCAGCGCGUGGUCAUGCCGCUCAGAGAAGGCAUGCUCAACAGCUCUGUCAAGACAGGCAAUGAGUCUGGAUCCAACAUGUCUGACAGUGGAUCUGUGAAGAAGGGUGGAGAGAAGGACCUUAAGGUUGGGGAUCGAGUGCUGGUUGGCGGCACUAAAACAGGAGUCGUGCGGUACGUGGGGGAGACUGACUUUGCCAAGGGCGAGUGGUGCGGAGUGGAGCUGGACGAGCCAUUGGGGAAGAACGAUGGAGCUGUAGCUGGAACCAGAUAUUUCCAGUGUCCGCACAAGUUUGGCCUCUUUGCUCCGAUCCACAAAGUGAUCCGCAUUGGCUUCCCAUCCACCAGUCCAGCUAAGGCUAAGAAGAGCAAACGUAUGGCGAUGGGCGUGUCGUCUCUGGCUCACAGCCCCUCCAGCUCCUCCAUCAGCUCUGUCAGCUCUGUGGCCUCCAGCGUGGGGGGCAGACCCAGCCGCACGGGCCUGUUGACCGAGACAUCGUCGAGGUACGCACGGAAGAUCUCGGGGACCACAGCACUGCAGGAGGCCCUGAAGGAGAAACAGCAGCACAUAGAGCAGCUCCUGGCUGAGCGAGACCUGGAGAGGGCCGAGGUCGCCAAGGCAACCAGUCACAUCUGUGAGGUGGAAAAAGAGCUGGCGGCACUAAAGGCCCGACAUCUGCAGUAUGCAACAGAAACGGAAAGCAACCUACAGCAAGUUCGAGCCCUGCUGACAACCACUCAGAAGGACAAAAUGGAACUGGCCAAUCAGCUUGAAGAAGAGAAAAGGAAGGUGGAGGAUCUUCAGUUCAGAGUUGAGGAAGAGUCCAUUACCAAAGGAGACCUUGAGACUCAGACCAAACUGGAGCAUGCUCGUAUUCGGCAGCUCGAGCAGAGUCUGCAUUUGGAAAAAUCCAAAGCAGAGCGGCUCAAGAAAGAAUUAGAGGAGAAGAUGCAAACCACAGUCGAGGAGAAGAGUCGUGUUAUCCAGCUAGAGGAGGAGUUGGCCGUUCGCAAAACUGAGAUCAAGGGGCUACAGGCUCGACUGCAGAGAGGCUCCUCUGGUCCGGUGACAGAUGUCUCAGGACCGGGCGUGAGCUCGGAGACUCUGGUCUUGCGGGAACAGCUGCUCUCUGCGGGCCGGGAACACCGCGAAGAGAGCAGCCAGCUGCGCGAGAGGUACGAGGCGUCCCUGAGCAGCAGCCAGAAGGAGGUCGAACGCCUUAAAGCCACCACAGAACGUCAGGGCCAGGAGAUCUCCGACCUGAAGCAGAGACUUCAGCAGGCCACACGUGAAAACAUUGAGAUGAUGGACAGCUGGAAAGCCAAGCUCGACACCUUGGUUGGAGACCAUCAGCGUGCCCUAGAGGAACUGAAAGCCUCAUUAAUGGGAGAUCGUGGGGCGGCUGAGAGCGCAGGAGGUGAGGGUGAAGUAACCACACUUGAGAUGAGAGCGGCCCUAGAGAGCCUAAAGAUGGAGCGGCAGCUAGAAGUGGAGAACCUGAAGGCCAAACAUGGGAUCGAGGCCGCAGUGAUGACCAAGGAACGCGAAGACCUACGCGCCCGACUUCAGGAACUCCGAGAUCAGCUGGAGGAGAGCGAGGAGAACUGGAAGAUCCAGGUGGAAGCUAAGAGCAACCAGCAUACUGUGGAACUCAAAGAGGUUUUGGAGAAGCUUCAAAAGGCCGAGGUGAGGAUCGGCGAGCUGGAUAAGUCCAAUGAGCAGCGAGAAAGAGCCAGUCAGCUUUUAAAAGAGGAACUGGAGCUGGCAGAGAAGAAGAUGGUGGACUAUGAGGCUCUGCAAAAGGCUGAAGCUCAGAGUCGGGCGCAGAUCCUCUCUCUUCAGGAGAAGCUGAGGGUCAGUGAGAACCGACUCCAAGCUGUAGAGGCCGAUCACACCACCAAGGAUGUUAAUAUGAUAGAAAAUAACGACAGCUCUGAAGAGAAGAUUAAAUUAAAACAGAAUAUGGAAGAAACUCUGGAGAAACUCACAAAAAGGGAAAAAGAAGUAUCCACUCUAACAACCCAAGUUGACGCCCUGAAAUCCCAAAUAGCGGCCUUGGAGGAGAAGGUUCAUCUGGGAGAGAAGAAAGCAGAUGGACUCUUAAAUGAGAGAGUGCGUUUAGAGACGGAUCUGGAGUCCAUGACCAAGAAAUCCCAUGAUGCAUCUGGCCAGCUGGUGAUUAUUAGCCAGGAGCUGCUGAAGAAAGAGAGGAGCCUGAAUGAGCUGCGGGUGUUGCUGCUGGAAUCUCCUCGUCACUCUCCAGGAGUGGAUUGGGAUCUUAGCCGUGAAGUCCACAGGGCAGAGUGGAGGAUGAAGGAGCAGAAACUACAGGACGACAUCAAAACCCUGCGGGAGAAACUUUUGCUGCUGGGUCGAGAGAGGAUGUCCCCAGACCACCGGAGGUACUCUAUGAUGGACCCGUCCACUUCAGAUACAGAGGUGGCCCGUCUGCGUCAGAGGCUGCUGAACACAGAAGAGGCUUUGAGGAACGCUUUGGAGCACAACCAACACGUGGACCAGCUAGUGCAGGCCAUGCGUACCCGUCCAGACAAAAACCAGGCUCAUGCUAGUGCAAAUUCAGCAAAUGGAAUCCAUCAAGAAGACACAUCCAUCGAACAAGAGGAAGAACACUGACGAGGGCUAAAGAAAUUCUCACGUGUUAGGAAAGAAUGGAGGUGAAUGGAUGAAGAAGCAAAUCUGAUGCCUAGACCUUUGGACUAAUGCUUCACUGGACAUCUUAUGUUCUUUUUACAGUUAACACCAGAACAACAACUAUAUCGAUGAAGAAACAGAAACUACAUUAUGAAGAAUAUCUAAUAUGAUGCGAGAUGCUUAAAAAAGCGUACAGGAAGUGGUUUUUAAGGUCACGAUACAACUUCUGACACCGACCCUGUAAGCUACCUCCGAGAUGGACAGACUCGAUCAGGAUCCUCAGAAAAACAAUAUUCUGCUGUAAUCCCAGUUGCUUGUAACCGGUUGCUGUUUAGGAAACAAUUCUGGCCUCAAUUUUUACCUGUUUUAUUUAUUUGUCAUUCAUGAAUAAUCAAAAACUGUUUCCCACUCCCAGCUUUGGCUUUGAAGGACUUGGGCUUGUCAUUUUUCAUAGAUACUGUAGCAAACAAGUUAAUAAAAAGACAGGCUCCUGGAUUCCA